AUGUCUCUCCCUAAAACUUAUAAGAGGGCGGUUUUCAUCACCAAGGGCCAACCCCUUGUGGUUGAAGAGACCCCUUUGGUUCUGCCAGGGGAUGAGGAGAUUCUGGUCAAGGUGGAGGCAUGUGGUGUGUGUUACAGCGACGUAUUCCCCCAACACAACAUCAUGGGCGGCGGUUUUCCCUUAUGCCCUGGCCACGAGAUCAUCGGAAAGGUAGCAGCAGUGGGCGGAGGCGUUAAGGCCUGGAAAGUUGGCGAUCGGGUUGGUGCUGGCUGGCAUGGUGGUCAUGAUGGUACCUGUACUGCUUGCAGGAAAGGGUGGUAUCAGAUGUGUGAUAACCAGGUAGUCAAUGGCGUGACUAAAAAUGGUGGAUACGCUGAAUACUGCAUCCUCCGCCCAGAAUCCACAGUCCGUGUCCCUGAGCACGUAGAUGCCGUCAAGUACGCACCGAUUCUGUGUGCUGGUAUGACAGUCUACAACUCCAUGCGGCACAUGAACAUCCCUGUUGGCGAGACCAUCGCUGUACAAGGCCUAGGUGGAUUGGGCCACCUCGCGAUUCAAUACGCAGCACGUAUGGGGUACCGCGUAAUUGCCAUAUCACGGGGCGCUGAUAAAGAGAAAUUCGCAAGAGAGCUAGGCGCACACGAAUACAUCGACGCAAGCAAGAGUGAGGAUGUAGGCGACGCGUUAAAAGCUCUCGGGAGUGCCAGUUUAGUGGUGACUACAGCGCCAACAGCUGAUUCCAUGACCCCGCUUCUCAAGGGUCUUGGUGUCCUGGGCAAGUUGCUGGUAUUAAGUGUCCCUGGAGAUUUGACUGUCAAUACCGGUGUCAUGCUCAAGUACGGUGUGUCGGUACAGAUUUGGCCAUGCGGCCACGCUAGGGAUGCUGAAGAAACGAUCGCAUUCACCGAACUCCAGAGUAUCGACUGUAUGGUCCAGAAAUUCCCCCUAGAUCAGGCACAAGCUGCUUUUGAUGCCAUGUUGAAUGGAACCGUUAGAUUUCGAUCUGUUAUCGUUCCCUGA